AUGGUCACUUCCUGGAUUUUGAAUUCUCUAUCCAAAGAUCUCAGAAAUAGCCUGCAAUACGUAGACAAUGCAAGAGAACUUUGGAUUGAAUUACAGGACAAGUAUGAUCAAACUAAUGGAGCUAAAUUGUAUCAACUUCAGCGCGAAAUCAAUGACCUUGGUCAGGGGAACUUGGACAUUACUGGGUAUUACACUAGAAUUAAGAAGUUAUGGAAGGAGAUUAACACAUUAGACACAAAUUCACAAUGCACAUGUCUGCGCACAUGUACUGGUAAAUCGAAAAUGCAUAAAGCCGAGUUGGAUAAGAGACUUAUUCAAUUCCUGAUGGGAUUGAAUGAAAUUUACACCAUUGUGAGAGGCAGCAUCUUGAUGAUGAAUCCAUUACCCACUAUGGCUCAAACCUUUUCUAUUAUUGUCCAGGAGGAGAAACAAAGAGAGGUGAAGCCUCAGAACAGGUUCAAUUUGGACUCCACUUCUUUUCAUGUGAAUGCUGCCAGUACUAGCACAAAUUUCAGGACUAACUAUGCUCCUAAUAGAAAUAAUGGGGGCAACAACAAGGCUCCUAACAUGUCUAAUCUCUUUUGUAACCAUUGUAAGAAGACUGGUCAUAUCAAAGAAAAGUGUUACAAGCUACAUGACUUUCCUCCUAAUUUCAAGUUUACUAAGGGAAAGAAUGCAGGAAUAGCAGCUACUGCAAAUGUUUUUUCUGAGGAGUUUCUGGAAGAUACAUGUGACAAGAAUCAUGAAGUAGGCAAAUGA